ACCUCCUAAAUCAAAGUUGGGAGGCGAGGACUGGGCGGAGGGGCCGCCGGGUGCACAGUUGGGGCCGGCGAGAGGAGGAGGAGGGAGAUGGGGGGCGGGCGCAGAGGACCGCGGACCCGGCCGGACACGGACAGCUCGGUCGCUCCCUCGCUCAGCUCAUCCGCGCAUCCCCACUUCCCUCCUCCCUUGCGGGCGCGCAGCAUCCUCUGCAGACCCUCGGUCCUCACGCCCGGGGUCGUCCGGCUCCCACGGCUCUGGCCUGCGCCCGGUGGGCCUGCCGUCCGGUCUCCGCACCCUCUCUUCCCCUGUCCCCCAACCAUGACCGAAAUGAGCGAGAAGGAGAAUGAGCCGGAUGAUGCGGCCACCCAUUCUUCCCCGGGGACAGUCUCUACCCUCCAGGAAACCAAGCUCCAGCGAUUCAAGCGCUCCCUCUCCCUCAAGACCAUCCUUCGAAGUAAGAGUGUGGAGAACUUCUUUCUUCGCUCAGGCUCUGAGCUGAAGUGCCCAACCGAGGUGCUGCUGACGCCCCCAACCCCACUCCCCCCUCCUUCCCCACCACCUGCAUCCACGGACAGGGAUCUGCCCACCCCAGCACCCUCCCCGUGUCCAGUCCCAUGCCCCUUGGCACCACUCAAGCCAGUGAGGUUGCACAGCUUCCAGGAACACAUCUUCAAGCGAGCCAGCCCUUGCCAGCUGUGCCAUCAGCUCAUUGUGGGAAACUCCAAGCAGGGCUUGCGAUGUAAGACAUGCAAAGUCAGCGUCCACCUCUGGUGCUCCGAGGAGAUCUCCCACCAGCAAUGCCCAGGCAAGACAUCCACUUCUUUCCGCCGCAACUUCAGCUCCCCACUCCUGGUGCACGAGCCACCACCAGCCUGUGCCAUGAGCAGAGAGUCCCCACCGGCCGCAGGGACCAGUGGGAAGGUGGACCCAGUCUACGAGACCCUGCGCUAUGGUACCUCCCUGGCACUGAUGAACCGCUCCAGCUUCAGCAGCACAUCUGAGUCCCCUACACGGAGCCUGAGUGAGCGGGAUGAACUGACAGAGGAUGGGGAAGGCAGCAUCCGUAGCUCAGAAGAGGGGCCUGGUGACAGUGUGUUCGCAGCCCCAGUAGACAGCGAAGCAUCAGGACCAGAGGAAAAGAGCCCUGGACAGCAGCCCCCCAAGUUGCCCCUGAGGAAGGAUGUGGGACCCAUGUACUCCUACGUCGCACUCUACAAAUUUCUGCCCCAGGAGAACAAUGACCUGGCUCUGCAGCCUGGAGAUCGGAUCAUGCUGGUGGAUGACUCUAAUGAAGACUGGUGGAAGGUGACUUGGCAGGAUGGGGUCUGGGGGACCCUGGGCAAGAUCAGCGACCGGGUUGGCUUCUUCCCAGCCAAUUUUGUGCAGCGAGUGAGACCAGGCGAGAAUGUUUGGCGCUGCUGCCAGCCCUUCUCUGGGAACAAAGAACAGGGUUACAUGAGCCUCAAGGAGAACCAGAUCUGUGUAGGUGUGGGCAGAAGCAAGGAUGCUGACGGCUUUAUCCGCGUCAGCAGUGGCAAGAAGCGGGGCCUGGUGCCAGCCGAUGCCCUGACAGAGAUCUGACAGAAGCCAAGAGAACCUAGAUGCUACCCCUGCCUCUGCCUGGUCCUUGCUUCUGGCCCAAGAGGGAAGCAGGCAUCCUGGCCACACCCUUUCUCCCCCUGCCUCUCUCCUAAGCAUCGCCCACCUCUGCUUAGGAGACUUCUGCACUGAGGAAGGUUUUAUUUCUUGGGUGGGAUGCCCUGAGUAGAGUGAUUCUCUGGGACUUGGGGAGGGUGGGGGGAGGUGGGAAGAAUGGGGACGCUUCAGGUACCUCCUAGUUCAGUUGCCACACUGAGUUCCACCCUGGGCAGUCACCUGCCCACACCGCCUUUGCAUGCCUGACCCCACUUUGCCCACAGCCUUUGCUUGGGUCUAUGUGUGUCCACCUCUUUGCAAGUGGGGCUUUGAGAGAGGGCCUUUCCACGUCCCUCAGUCCCCACCCUGGCUUGACAGCGGAUGGUGGGAGGGCCCUGAGCCCACCUCUUGGUUUUACCACCUCUGCCACUCCUUCAAUUCUCAGGAAAGUUCUGCAGGAAUCUCUCCCAUUACUUGAAACCUGAGCAGACAGAGCAGGGGCAGGGCUGAGGUCUAGAGGGGGUGACAAAUAGGAGACUGUCCCAUCAGUAAGGACAAUCACCACUGAGCAGCCUAACCAUAUCUUUGUCUACUGGAAAAUGGUGUUCAAGGGCAAUCUGGACACAAGCCCAACUGAGAGCAAGACACUGGCCCCCACUUGGUCAAAACAACUCCAUUUCACUAUCUGGACUUCAAAAGCCCCAUCACCAGGAGCAACCAGUUAGAAAAGUCUGUGAUUGUAAGUCCUGGUCUCUUUAGGAGGCUGGCCCUCAAGGUUGACCUUCCCUGGCCCUCUCACUGGCAGAGCCCAGCCCUGGGAGGAACACUGAAAGAGGGAGAAGAUGGAAAGUUCUUUUCUGGCCACCAGGAAGUGAGGGAGGGAUUAGGAACCCCUGCAGGUGGUGGGCUGGACAACGGACCUCUCCCUCACAGGCUGCUUUUUUUCUGGUGCCAGCUCCUCCCCAAACUCAGAGCCUCCUUUUGUGCCCUGAUCGUGCCAGCCAAUGCCAUCCCCAGUCCUGGGCACGGUCAAUGCCCUCCAUGCAGUGAGAGGGACACCGAUUCUCCUACCCAACAGACCGCACCCAUUUUUCUCCCCAAGAGGGGAUUCAAGCCACAUUGCCCUGUCUGCUGCCAUGAGGCCCCCCCCCAGCAAAAAAACCCGGGGCGGGCCUAAUGCCCACUGUACAUGAGGCUGCAUGAGGGGUCUGCAGGGGCGUUGCUGAGCCCCCAGACCCGUAAUUAAAUGUUCCUUGUCCA